AUAGUGAUUUUACCCGCAACUGAGUUGCAGAAGGAAUAACACAAGCAUGCUGUCAUGUUAUACAGUACGAGUUCAGACUUUGGAGUGACAGCCAAACGUCUAUAAAGAAACAUGGCUGGGAAUAUAAAAGAUAAAGAAGCAUAUCAACGCCUGAACUUCCUCUAUCAGGCUGCUCACUGCGUUUUGGCUCAAAAUCCAGAGAAUAUUGAACUAGCAAGAUUUUACUGCUUCACUCAGAAGACCAUCUCCAAACGACUGGUGCUCAGACAAGAUCCAUCAGUGAAGAGAACCAUUUGCAAGAAAUGCUGCACUUUACUAAUACCAGGUGUCACAUCCACUGUACGCCAAAAAGGAGGACCAAGGCGACAACGUAAGACUGUUGUACGAUGUUUAAGUUGUGGACUGACCAAACGGUUCCCAAACAACCCAAAAUAUAAAUUGUGGGUGGAUCAACCAGAGGCUCAACUAGAAAACCAGACAUCACAAGAUGCUGGUCCUUCAUCUAAGUCCACAACCCAAAGGAAGAAAUCAGAUAUUUCAAGUGAUUCAGCAUCCACAACAGCGAAGACUUCGUCUACAGCUCAAACAAAUCUGACUAAACCUUCGUGACACACACUUUAUGAGACCGUACACAUACAUUAUCUGGUUCAACAAAGUGAACAUUUUUCUUUUUAUUAUAAUUUUUUUCUUUUAUUAUAAUUAUAAAGUUUUGCAGGCUUUCAUUUUCCUGACAUAAUGUGCAAUAUUGUUUUCCUUCUGCAUUGAAUGUUUUGAAUUGCAAUAAAGUUUUCGUACUGUAAGAGGCAAA